AUGCCACAUGAUGGGAUUGUCAGAAAAUGGGAAGUAGCUUCUGUGGUGUGCUGUAUCAACCACGCUCCCUCCUUAAUGUGUAGGCGGUUACAGUGGCUGCUCUCGGCCUCUCAGAAUAGAGAGAGUUAUCAAGCGCCAAGAAGCUUGGAAAAUGACACUGAAUAUGGGAAUAAAGGAAGCAGAUCUGAGAUUCCUAUAUCCUAUCAGCCCAUGGGAUCAGAGAGGAUGGAGAUGCGAAAGAGGCAGAUGUCGGGGCAGCAGGAGCUGGUGGCGGGAGGCACAACGACGGGAACAGCGCCAGCCCAGCACGAGCAGGCUGGUAAGGGCGAGCGUGCCUCUAAUGCCUGCUGUUUCUGCUGGUGCUGCUGCUGUAGCUGCUCAUGUCUCACUGUUAGGAAUGAAGACAGGGAGGAGAGGAACCGGAAAGCCUCGCACGACGUCAAAACUGAGGAUCCUGGUGACUGCGAGGAGAGUCCAAAGCCCACUAUGGAUGAAGUGUGCUCAUGGGGGCAAUCCUUUGACAAGCUGAUGCGUUGCCCUGCUGGACGUUGUGCCUUCCGGCAAUUUCUACGCACUGAGUUCAGUGAGGAGAACAUGCUCUUCUGGCUAGCCUGUGAAGACUUCAACAAGGAGACCAAUAAGAGCGUAAUCAAGGAGAAGGCACGCCUCAUAUAUGAGGACUACAUUUCCAUCCUGUCACCCAAAGAGGUGAGCUUGGAUUCACGUGUUCGGGAGGUAAUAAACAGGAACAUGUUGGAGCCCACGUCUCAAACGUUUGAUGAUGCCCAGCUCCAGAUUUACACAUUAAUGCAAAGAGACUCAUACCCACGCUUCAUGAACUCCACUGUCUACAAAAACCUACUCAAGAGCGUCUCGGAGCAAUGUCCAGAGUCCUAA